AUGGGCAUGAAGCGCCUAUCAGUCGCCGCUUUUCUCCUCGUCGCCCUGGCGGUAGCGGCGCGCGUGCCGUCGGCGAGCGGGGCCGGGUGGGUGGAGCUCGACCUCACGCAGACAGGCGCGGCCGGAGACGCGGCGCUCGCGCAGAGAGCGGCGGGAAUCGCGGUGGAGAAGUACAACGCGCAGACGAAUUCCGCCUUGGCCCUCGCGGCAGUUCAAUCCGCGGAGGUAUUUGUGCCCGCCGACGCGGGGCGGAAGGCCGUGAUCCGCGUGGCGUUCACCGCCAGCGAGCAGGAGGGCGCGCUGCGGAGACUGCUGCGCGGUCCUGGCAGCACAGUUGCGGUGAAGGCUGAGAUUGCGGGAACCUCGCACGAACUGCACCAUUAUAAGCUGGAGCGAUUCAGUACUACAUCUGGUUGA